UAAAGGGGUGUUUAAGUCGCUUUUCAAAGAAAUAGCACAACAAGGAUUAUUAGUGGGCUUUGUAGAUAGCAAAUAGACAAUAUCUGCUUUCAAAAUGAGAUAGGGAUAGACUCGCUGUUCUGUGUGUGGCCAGUUGGCAAUUAUGGGGUUAAAAUGAAAAGAACCUGCAGCUGACACGCCCCCUGAAAGACAGCAGCAGGACAGAGAGCUUGUAUUUAUUUAUUUAUUUAUUUAUUUAUUUAUUUGAUCUACAACGCUUAGUUUUAACAGCGCACAAGUGAAGGAGAGAGAGUCUGGCUCGAACAAACAGCGUCCUGUCCGAAACAAACUCAAUAUUCCGUCCCUAUUGGGUGGCCGGUGUUUAAUCCCCAUUUUCACUUCAUUUAAAACACAGCAACACGACACGGUUGUUUUUCUGUUGCCAAACCCUGCCUCGUUGCGCAGUGUUUGUGAACUCAUUUCAUAACUCUGCUAGUCUGACUUCCUGCAGUUUUAAGUUCCGUUUCUAUUGCCUGACGGACAGCAGCGAUGGCGACAGCGGCAUCUCCAAAGGAGAAGUUCUCCUGCUCCGUGUGUCUGGACCUCUUCACCGAGCCCGCAACCAUUCCGUGCGGACACAGCUUCUGCCUGGACUGUAUCGGGAGCUACUGGGACCAGAUUGACCAAACCGGCGUGUACAGCUGCCCCCAGUGCCGGGAGACUUUCACACCCAGGCCCGUUCUGCGCAAAAGCAACGAACGAGCUGGUGGAGGAAUUGAAGAAAACGAGAAGACUCGACUCGAAAAGGGAAUCCCCCGCUCCCGCUCCUGUCUCUGCUGAGCUCGGAGACAUGCCUUGUGAUUUCUGCCCCAGCGAGAUAAAGCGCGGAGCGGUCAGGUCGUGUUUGACGUGCCGGGGCUCGUACUGCGAAGCGCACCUGCAGCCACACUACGAGACCGCGGGGUUGAAGAGGCACGCGCU